AUGGGUUACAACAUAAGCAGAAUUGUUAAAUCAUCACUAGCGAAUGAAAAAGAAGAUUGCGUUCAAUUUUUACUUCGAUCCGGAUCUCGCUAUUGUGAAAAUAAAGAGUUUGAUGCCGCUCGAUUAGAAUAUGAGCAAGCUUAUCGUGAAAUUAGCACAAUGUGCUGUACGCAUGAUUAUCGACGAUUAUUACGUUGCGAAGUCCAGUUAGCACUGUCAGAUAGCUAUCUUAAACAGAAGCAAACUGACGAUGCUUACAGAUAUUGCCAACUUGCUGAAAUGGACAGAAACUCUGUUAAAGAAACAAGACAAAGUGGUAAAGAAUUUAGCGACUAUCCGAUAACCAAGACAAUUGAACGCUACUACAAAUUAAUCACGGAAAAUCGAGAAACAUUGACUUGGAAACAGAGAAUAUUAAAGUAUUAUUACUUAGCCAUUGCUGCUACCUACUGUAAAAUUGGAAGCCAAUGUGAUGAACGAUAUAAGUACGAUAUGGCUCUAUCCAUUUAUAAGCAUGCUAUACAAAUUACCACUAAGGUCUUUGGGGUCUAUCAUUCCGCAAUUGCUAAAUUAUAUGAUAAUAUUGGUAACAUCUAUUGCUGCCAAGAUCAGUACAGCGAUGCACUUUCAAAUUAUCAAGCAUCAUUAAAUAUUCGUCUGAAAUUAUAUGGAAAUAACCAUUUAGACAUCACACAGUCUUAUGAAAAUAUCGGAGAAGUUUAUUGCAAACAGAAUCGCUACGAUGAUGCUUUAUCAAUGCAUAAAAUAUCGCAUAUGAUUCGACUGGAGACAUUAGGAAAAGAUGCAAUCGAUUUAGGCCAUUCUAGCUAUAAUAUUGGAAAAAUUUAUUGCUUACAGGAGAAAUAUGAAAAUGCGUUAGAAAUGUAUCAGCAAAGUCUAGAAAUUUAUCGUAUCAAAUUAGGGGAUUCUAACGUUGAUGUAUGCAAUACCUAUAUUGGUAUUGGAAAUGUCUACUUUCAUCUAGGCAACUUUGACGAAGCAAUGGCCUAUUAUCAAAAGUCAUUAACCAUUGAAUUAAAAAUGUACGGUGAAGACAAUCUGCAUAUCGCUAACACUUAUAGUUGUAUUGGAGGAGUCUAUAACAAGCAGAACAAGUAUGACGAAGCAUACGCAAUUUAUCAGAAAUCCUUGGCUAUUCGUUUGUCCAAGCUUGGCGACGAUAGUUUAUCUGUAGCGCAUAGUUAUCACUGGAUCGGAAUUAUUAAAUAUUUACAACAACAGUAUGAUGAUGCUAUGAAAUUUUACGAAAAAUCGCUACUUAUAACAUUAGAGAAAUUAGGAAGUGAUCACUUGGAGGUGGCUGAAUUAUAUGAUAGAAUAGGCCAACUUUACCAUUCACGAAGUCAGUAUGAUCACGCUUUUGCCUAUUUUGAAAAAUCUCUUUUCAUAGUUAUGAAAAUUUUGGGAGAAGAUACUUUCAAGUGUGUUUCUUUAUAUCGUAAAAUGGGUUAUUGCUAUAACGAACAACAUCAAUUUGAUGCAGCAGUUGUAAUAUUUGAAAAAGCAAUUCGAAUUCUAUCCAAUCUGGAAGGUAAUUAUUAUCAAGAUAUUGCCGAUUUAUAUAAAAUGAUUGAAAAUAUUUAUUGGAAACAGGGAAAAGAUGAAUUCGCAAUAUUAGCUCAUCAGAAAUGUCAAGAAAUAAUAGCCUCAGAGUAG